AUGGGUCCAGACUUGCACGAAUGCAGACCUUUUCAUGAGGCAAUUCCGGACGACUCCAGUGUAGAUGAAGAUGAUGUGGAUGACUUCAUAGCAGCCAACGAAGGGCUCAGUGGAAUGGACAAAACGCACAGCUCAUCCUCAAAACAUGCUAGGAAGAGGUUAUUCGCUGCGUUCAUGAUAUUCGGAUUAUUGAAUAAUGUCCUCUACGUGAUUAUCCUUUCAGCCGCACUUGAUCUUGUAUCUUCUUCAACACCGAAAGGGAUAGUGGCUUUAUUCAACAUCUUUCCAGCACUUUUAACGAAAGUAGUAUGGCCGUUGGUAUCAAAUGGGAAGAUCAGGUAUACGAGGAGAGUAGGGGUGUGUACCUGCGUGAGCUGGUUGGGGAUCAUGACUAUAGCAUUCUCAAACACUCUUGCACCACGAUUACUGGGCAUAUCAAUGGCCUCUCUUUCCUCAGGUUUAGGAGAGCUCACUUUCCUCCAAAUGACUACCACGCUACCUACCCGACCAACAUCUAAGACCGCUCUGGGCGCAUGGUCAAGUGGGACUGGGUUUGCGGGGAUUGCAGGCGCUGGAAUAUGGUGGUUACUUCGUGGAUUGGGUGUAAGAGGUGGUCUGGGAUUAUCAAGUAUAUUACCUCUCUUCUUCCCUAUCACAUACAAAUUCCUCUUACCUUACCACCAAGAACUCGGCUCCAUGUCAUCUGAUAGUAACUUGGGUGAAUAUCAACCUAUAUCAAACAAUGAUGAUACUGUCCCGCCAUCGAUAUACAUCACUCCGCCUUCUCAGGAUCCUAUACCUCAACUGGCCACUUCGGUAGAACCUGAAGAUAAUUCAAAACCUAGUUUACAAACUCAUCAUAAGAUACAUCUCAGUACGAAAGAGAAGUUGGAUCUGCUCAAACCAUUGGUACUGAGGUAUAUGGUUCCGCUUUGUGCGGUUUAUGUAGAGGAAUAUGUGAUUAACUCUGGUGUUGCACCAACCUUGGUAUUCCCUUUACCUACUACCGGAAUCUGGUCUAAAUUAUUCAAAUCGCCAAGAGACUAUUAUCCAUUCUGGUCCUUGACCUACCAAACAUUCGUUUUCCUCUCUCGUUCAUCCCUAUCCCUCUCCUUCCCUCCCAUUCCCCUUACCCUCCUACCUCUACCAUCCAUCAUCCAAUUCGUAGUCCUCUCAUCGCUAUACCUCCAAGCCAAACAUUUUAUAUUCUCCGCACCUUCUUACACUCCUCCGAAUGUCCCUCCGACGGCAGGGGCAGAUAGAUCAAUCAGUAUAGUCUUCUUGUUAAUUUGCAUAGAAGGUUUAUGUGGUGGGUUAGCUUAUGUCAAUACGUUUUAUCACGUUGCUCGUGAGGGUGAGGAUGAGAAUGAGGAGAACAAUGAAAAGAGUGGGAUGCAGAGGGAGUUUAGGAUCGGUGCGGUAGGAGCGGCAGAUUCGACUGGUAUUCUGUUCGCUUCGUUGAUCUCUAUGCCAUUAGAAUUGAGUUUAUGCAAUUCUCAGAUCGAACAGGGCAGAACAAUGUGUAGGGAUUUGUAG